UAGUACAUUUUGCAUGUUAAUAGGUGGAAUUGAAGCUGACCCAAAAAGUACGAACACUUGCCUCCUCAUUCAUGCUUGCAAAACGGAUAUACCAUUAUUAGAAAAAUAAAGACCUCAUCUUUAGAGAAAAUAAUAACUCUAUAAAAUCCAAGAAACCAACACAUCAAUUUUUCUCACACUAGAGAGAUGAUUCAACUAACUCAAUAAAGUAGGAAAACAACAACAACAAAUUAGAAAAAAAAAAUUAAAAAACUAAAAAAAAAAAAAAACAAUUAUUUAUCUAGCUUAGAUCCCAAAAAAAAAAUAUAAUAAUUAAAAAAAAGAUGGAAAGCAGAACUCAAGUAAUAGUGAUUUUCCUUUUUGUGGCUAUGGCCUCGUUUUCGCAUGCAGCUGUGAAUGUGACCUACGACGGUCGAGCUCUCGCAAUUGAUGGCAGGCGUAGAGUUUUAGUCUCCGGUUCCAUUCAUUAUCCGCGUAGCACUCCCGAGAUGUGGCCGGAUCUGAUAAAGAAAUCGAAAGAUGGAGGGUUGGAUAUUAUUGAGACCUACGUCUUUUGGGACAUGCAUGAACCAGUUCGAGGCCAGUUUGAUUUUACUGGAAGAAAAGAUUUGGUGAAGUUCAUAAAAUUGGUUGCUGAUGCUGGCUUGUACCUUCAUCUCCGUAUCGGCCCUUACGUUUGCGCUGAAUGGAACUAUGGAGGAUUCCCUAUUUGGUUGCAUUCUAUGCCCAAUAUCGAGCUUCGUACCGACAACGAACCAUACAAGGCUGAAAUGGAGCGAUUCACGACCAAGAUUGUCGACAUGAUGAAGCAAAACAAUCUCUAUGCUUCACAAGGGGGACCAAUUAUUUUGUCACAAAUCGAAAACGAGUACGGAAACGUCGAAUCAUCGUAUGGUGAGAGAGCCAAGCCUUACAUAGAUUGGGCUGCACAAAUGGCUACUUCUUUGAACAUUGGUGUUCCAUGGGUCAUGUGCCAGCAAGGCGAUGCCCCCGAUCCAAUGAUAAACACUUGCAAUGGAUUUUAUUGUGACCAAUUCACACCGAAUUCCGAUCAGAAGCCGAAGUUUUGGACAGAGCUCUGGAGUGGAUGGUUUACGUCGUGGGGCGAUCCUGUGCCCUACAGACCAGCGGAAGACGUUGCGUUCGCUGUGGCCCGAUUUUACCAGAACAACGGAACCUUAAUGAACUAUUACAUGUACCACGGUGGGACGAACUUCGGGCGGACUUCUGGCGGACCAUUUAUCUCUACAAGCUACGAUUACGAUGCUCCGAUUGAUGAGUAUGGUCUUCUUAGGCAGCCUAAGUGGGGCCACUUGAAAGAUCUACACAAGGCUAUAAAACUUUGUGAAGAAGCAAUGGUGGCUGCUUUUGGUAAUACUACUAGUCUUGGCCAGAAUUUAGAGGUUACCGUUUAUCAAUCAGAAUCAGGGUCGUGUGCUGCUUUUCUAGCAAAUCUUGAUAACCAAUUAGAUACAACGGUCAACUUCAACGGCAAUUCGUUUGACUUGCCCGCUUGGUCCGUUAGCAUCUUGCCCGAUUGCAAGAACGUAGUAUACAAUACCGCAAAGGUCAAUUCUAUAACGGGAAUCUCAAAGUUCGUUAAACAACUUGCUCAAACUAAUUCUUCCGGUAACGGUGCAACGUUUUCGAGUUGGAGUUGGUAUAGUGAACCCGUAGGAAUAUCGAGUAGCAAUGCUUUCGUGUUACCUGGUUUGUUGGAGCAAAUCAAUACUACUGCUGAUAGAAGUGACUACUUGUGGUAUUCUUUAAGCAUGGGUCUAAACGACAACGACCCGUUACUUCGAGACGGAUCGCAGAUUGUACUUCAUAUCGACUCACUCGGACAUGUUCUUUACACUUUUAUCAACGGAAAACUUGCGGGAAGUGGAAAAGGUAGCGCGAAAAACAGUAAUGUAUCGAUUGAGGUUCCUGUAAACCUUGAACCGGGAAACAAUACCAUAGAUCUUUUGAGUGUCACUGUUGGCUUAAAGAAUUAUGGAGCAUUCUUCGAUGAAGCCGGAGCCGGAAUUUGUGGUCCGGUUCAGUUGAAAGGUUUGAGUAAUGGGUCGACCGUUGAUCUCUCCGGUGAACAGUGGACAUAUCAGGUUGGCCUAAAAGGGGAACAAUCAGAGCUAUCUAGUGGAAGUUCUGCAUUAUGGCUGUCCGAGCCUACUCUUCCUAAAAACACGCCGUUAACAUGGUACAAGACAACAUUUUCGGCACCAGCUGGAAAUAGUCCAGUUGCAAUAGAUUUCACCGGAAUGGGAAAGGGUCACGCCUGGGUUAACGGCCAAGGGAUCGGCCGUUAUUGGCCGUCAAAUAUUGUUGACCCGAACGGCUAUUGCACCACGUGUAAUUACAGGGGUACUUAUGACCAAAACAAAUGUCUCGCCAAUUGUGGAAAGCCAAGUCAGCAGCAAAACCACGUUCCUCGUUCGUGGCUUAAGCAAGGGGAGAAUGUGCUGGUAUUGCUGGAGGAAGUAGGCGGCGAUCCGACGAUGAUAUCUUUUGUGACAAGAGAAGUGGCGACCGUUUGCUCGAAAGUGUCGGAAUCUUACCCGCCCCCAAUGGAUUUGUGGUCCUCUAAUUAUCUGACACGUGUCAUUAAACCGACACUAUUACUAGAAUGCCCCUCUCCAUCACAAGUCAUAAGUCAAUUCCAAUUUGUGAGCUUUGGGAAUCCACAUGGAGGAUGUGGUGGGUUUACGCACGGCCGAUGCAGGAGCAAACGUGCUCGACGCGUCGUCCAUAAGGCUUGCAUGGGGAAACCAAAGUGCAGUAUUGAAGUGACGGUUGAGAAUUUAGGGAAUCCUUGUGCAAAUAUUACCAAGAGUUUAGCUGUGGAAGCUUCUUGUAGUUAAAGAUAUUAUGGUAUUCGGAUUUAAUAGGGUAGCAAUUAAGAUAAUUUUUUGUUACCUAAGAAAUAAAGAAUUUACAGCCAAAUUUCAUAAGGCUAAAGUUUUGUAGAAUUAAUUACUAGUGUAACUUUUGCGGAGGUGAAGUUUAUUGAUGAUGCCACCCUGCUUCUUGUGUAUGAUUGUAAGUUGUACGUAACGAUUUAAUGUAUAUUUUGGAUCUAUAUUAUGUCUAGUUCGUUAAAUACGAAGAAUUUAAUAU